CCACCUUAUUUUACCUGGACAAGAAUCAUUUAUUACACAGUUGCCUUAAUAGUUGGUCACUCGACGAACAUACUUGACCUUCGGCCUUCGAUAAACUUGACAGUAGACACCUCAACUAAGCAAUUAAACAUAGGGUAGACAAUACAGUAGAAAAUGGAUUUCAUUCUUGUUUUGUUAUGAUUUUGCUUGAAACUAUAACAGCCUUCGGUGAAAAAUCAUCGUAGGGAAACGUUGUCGAUACGUGAAAGUAACUUCGUGUUGAGUGCAACAUGGUUUGAUUUGUAAAAACGAAUCUUUAAAAGAAGUUUAUCCGUCCACGGAUUCCAAAUACAAAAAACGUUAAAGGGGCGAUCAGUGCAUAGAGGUUUGCCUGCAGUAUGCUCAGGGUUUAUAAUACAGGGAUAGUAUGGCUGCAGGUGAGGCCAGCACAACAAAGUCUCGUCAAGAAAAACAAUACGAUUAUCUCCUCAAAUUUCUGCUGGUCGGUGACAGUGAUGUUGGAAAACAAGAAAUCUUGAGUGGACUCGAAGAUGGUGCUGCCGAAUCUCCGUUUUGCAGCGGCAGUGCAUAUAAAACUACCACUAUCUUAUUGGAUGGAAAGAGAGUAAAAUUACAAUUAUGGGACACAUCAGGUCAAGGUAGAUUUUGUACAAUAAUCAGAUCUUAUUCUCGUGGGGCUCAAGGUAUAUUUUUAGUCUAUGACAUUACCAAUAAAUGGUCUUUUGAUGGCAUUGAUAGAUGGUUAAAGGAAGUUGAAGAGCAUGCUCCUGGAGUACCAAAAGUACUUGUUGGUAAUCGCCUUCACUUAGCUUUUAAAAGACAAGUGGGAGAACGUGAUGCUGAAGCAUAUGCAGCUAAAAAUCAUAUGGCAUUUUUUGAAGUUUCACCUCUUUGUGAUUUUAAUAUUCGUGAAAGUUUUUCUGAACUUUCUCGAAUGGCUUUACAUCGUAAUGGAAUGGAAAGAUUAUGGCGAUCUAAUAAAGUUCUCAGUCUUCAAGAACUUGCAUGUCGUGCAAUAGUUGCAAGAACAACAGUUUAUGGUAUUGAUCAGCUUCCAUUGCCUAAAUCCAUUAAAUCUCAUUUGAAAUCUUACGCAAUGACAACUACGUCUCAAUUACGUUAUAAUGGAAAUAGAUCAUUGAGCUCUAGUAAAAGUCUAGGUUCUCAUCACCGAAAGUUACGUUUUGUUGGUGUAGGUCAUAAUGGACUAUCAACUCCAGGUAGUUCACCUGGUAGUAUAACAGAUUCUCGUACCAGUUGUGUCGGUCGUAAUUCUUGCACAAUAUCUUGAGAAUAAUUUUAUGGUUAUAAUUGUAAAUAUAUAAUAUUAAUUCUUCCUUCCUGUCUUGAUGUAAAGAGUUUUGUUAACAUGUGCCAUCAAAAAUAAUAAAACAUUUAAAUCUUUUUUUUUUAAUAGUAAUUAUAGCAUGAAAUAUUAGCAAUAAAAUUUAAAAAAAUGAAAAAAAUGAUUUAUUUAUAAUUACAAAAUAUAAAUAAUUGUAGCGCUACUAUAUUUAAUUUUAUAGUUAUUUAAUAUUACAAUAUUUGAAAUAAUAGUUUAACAACUUUUGUUAAUGAUUCAAAAAUUUCAUUAUCAUUAAUGAAAAAAUUAUGAAUUUUAUUAAAAGUGUAAAGAUACAUUAACAAAUCAAAAAGUUCUUAUUGUCUUUUGUUAAAUUUUGAUGGACAAUGUUUUUUAAAACGAAUCUAUAUUAAAGCAGGAAAAAAUGAAGCGAAAAGUACAAGUUCACUAAGUCUACAAAGGUUGUGGUGUAGACUAGAAAUAAUGUAAGUUGAAUAGUUUAGAGCAGCUAAUUGGAUAAUAAUACAUAAGGACAAAUCCAAAAAUGUAUAAUAAUUUAACAAAUUUUUUUAAAUAUUAUUAGUUUCCUUGUUACUAGUAUUCUUGUUCAGUAAUAAUACAAGAAAAUUUGUUUUACUGUGUCACUUUUGAAAUUGUAUUUCAAUAUGUAUUUAUAUAUAAAAUCAAUUCUAAAUUUAUAUUACACAUCUAAUUUUUUCUUUCUAUUAUUCUUUUCUAAAAAUUAAUUAUGCAAAAUUGAAUAAUAUUCUUUAUAAUGCAAAUAUUACACCUUAUUUAAAUAUUUUAAUAUAAUUAUAUAUUAUUUUAUUUGUACAGUGUAAGUUUAUAAAAAUUAUGUUGUGUAAUGUGUAAAUAUAAAAGACUCAUUCAUACUAUACUCAUAUUUUGAUAAAUUUCACUACAGUAGAUUACUAUGAUUUUUUAAUAUCAGUGAUACAAUAACAGCAAUUCUAAUCUAGCAAAUUCUUUUCUUAACUUUUUGCUUUUAACAAUUACUUUAAAAAUUCCAUGAAAAAUAAUUGUUAUUAUUAAACCAUAGACAUCUAUCGUACGAAAUUUAUCAAACUGUGAUAACGAUUUAUACGAUAGUUUUUUUAAAGAUUACAUGAUAUCAAGAAAAUAUAUAAGAUGUAUUUAUACUGUGUAAAAUUCAAAUUAAAUUAUAUGUGUAUAUAAAAACAGAUAUUAUUAAUUAAUAUAUUAUAUAUGAUAUGAUAUGAUAUGAUAUGAUAUGAUAUGAUAUAUAUAUAUAAACAUAAACAAAGGGGGCUCUUGCUUGUCCAGAGGAAUGUAUUUAACAUACAUAUAUUUUAUGAUACUUACAGAGUAAUAUUUGUGUUAUUUUAAAAUGAAAUAUGACAUUAUUUAAUAACCUUUUACCAAUUCAUCUUUUUCUUGCUAAUUUAUGUCAUCUUUUUAAUUGUUAAUACAUAUAUUUUAACAAAAAGAGAUACAAUAUAAUGUAAAAAAGAUCAUUGAUUUCAUCAUUACUGUAUAUAUAUACCACUGUAAAAGUUUUCAUAAAUAUUGAGAUUGUGGAGAAAGAAAGGAGCCAUCUGAAUAAUUGAAAUCAAGUAAAAGAGUUAGUUUCUUAUUUGUUAAAUAUUAUAAGAAGCUUGUUUAUGUUUAUAUCUAAUAAAUAAUUUUAUUAUAAAAUAUAAUGUGAUAUAUAUCACAUGUUUAAACACAUUUCCAUUUUAGUAUUAUGUUUUGUAAUAUUAUAAAAUGCAUUAUAAAUGCAAAAUACAAAUUCUUUUCAACCUAUUAAUGAACAUAGUAGAAGUAAUUACUUCUAAAAAAAAUAUUGAUGCACUUAUAGUGAUCACAAAAUUGAUAAGAAUAUAACAUAAUUUGACAUUUAACUAUCUUAUAUAUAAACAAAUAUUUUAAAAUCACAUCAAAUGUAAUAUUGUGCUAAUUUUGUCUCUAAUCACAAAGAAUUUUGUAUUAUAAUAAUCGAAUACAAUUAUACAACAAAAAUA